CCUUAACCGGAAACGUACCCAUUUGGUUGCCGUACCGCCUGUCGCCAUUUCAAAACGGCUAAGCUUUAUUGCGCACAGCAAAGUUGUUCAGCAAAGAAGUUUAAAUAAAGACACGGAUCGUUUGAAUGAUUUAAGAAGAGGACGGAACAUUCUGCCCCUCCAGACUUCAUAGAAAAUGCUGGAGCUACCCAACUACAGCAGCCAGCUGAUGCAGCAGCUAUGGGCUCUGAGGAAAGAGGGCCACUUGUGUGACUGCACCAUCCUGGUGGGAGACAGCCCUCACCGUGCACAUAAACUGGUACUGGCCGCCUCCAGCAUGCUCUUCAGGUCUCUCCUGGAUGACUCCGACACCAUCUCCAUCGACACUGCCAUGGUUUCCUCGCAGGAGUUUGGCUGUCUGCUGGACAUGGUCUACACCGGCAAGCUGCCUCUUGGCAAACACAACGUCAGCCGCAUCGUCGCCGCCGCAGACAGCCUGCAGAUGUUCGACGUGGCUGUCGGCUUCAAAAACGUCCUCACUAGUCUUGUGAACCAGCAGACCCCGGUCCCUUCUACACAGAUAUCCAGCCUCACCGUGAUCAACAAAGUCCAGAGCCUAAACCCUGAGGGUUCUGCUUCACCCAACAAAGACGACACGACUUCAGACAAGUUGGAGCUUCAGGCUGAGCUGAAGGAGAAAGAGUGUCAGAGUGACAGUGAAGACGCAGAAGAACCAGCAUGUAAAAGAACCUGUGUGGAGCUCUCUGAGCCCUCAGAGCCUGAAGAAGCCAAAUCCUCAGAAGUGGAAGUGGAAGAAAACAACACAACGGCAGCCAAGGAAUCAAACGGGCCUGCAGCUGGUUUUCUGGAACAUUCCUCUCAGCUCGUGGAGCUCCUCUCCAACAUGUCGUCUGUCCUGGAGCUGCUGAGCCAGGCAGCACAGGGAAGCCUGAAUGAACAGCAGAGACAGGUUGUGUGUGAGUGCUGUGAGGAGGCAGAUCCACGCUCAGUGUUGGAGAAGCUGAUGAGCCGAGUGAAGGAGGGGCAGCUCAGCGAGGGAGCGCUCCUCAGGCUGCUCCGGACUCUUCAUCACAAAGCUCCUUCCUCCUUCCCCACACCACUGCUCUCUCUGCUGGAAGAGGCGGAGAAGAACACAGAGGAGCCUGACGCAAACCAAACUGGAGUUGUCUCAGAAAAGCAGAACGGCACGGGCAAUGAAGAAAAGCAGGAGGGAGAGGAAGAAGACAUAAAGGAGGAGACCGAAGAGGACGAGAAAGUCAUAAAUGCUACAACAGACUCUUCUUCCUCCCCCCCAUCCUCCUCUUCUUCCUCCCCCUCCAAGCCCUACUCCUGUCGCUGGUGUAAGAGGGGUUUUGCCUACAAGUGUCGAAUGCUGGCCCACGUUAAGCGCUGCCCCAUGUCCCAGGAGUGUGAGCAGCAGUGCCCGCAGUGCCCAAAGAAGCUGGCCAACCAGCGGGCCCUGCAGCGGCAUCGGGCCGAGGCCCACCGCAACACAGCACGAGUGAAGAAGAAGGUGGCCUGUGACCUCUGCGGGCGAACCUUCGCACACCCAUCCGGAAUGAUUUACCACAAGCGCACAGAGCACUUUGAAGAGAAACCGUUUGCUUGUGAGGACUGCGGUGCAAAGUUUGGCGCCAACUCUUCUCUGAAGAAUCACAUGAGGCUGCACACAGGAGAGAAACCUUACCACUGCAAACACUGUGACAUGAGCUUCAGUGUAGCUGCUGCCCUUGCAUACCACACCAAGAAGAAACACUCUGAGGGAAAGAUGUAUGUGUGUCAGUAUUGUAAGGCCGUCUUCGCCCAGUCCAUUGAACUGACACGUCAUGUGCGCACACACACUGGUGAUCGGCCUUAUGUGUGCCGAGAAUGUGGCAAAGGUUACAGCCAGGCCAGCGGACUCACUGUCCACCUGCACACCUUCCACAAUUUGUUGGAGCCUCAUGACUGUCAAAAGUGUUGUCUUAGCUUCUCCUCGUUGGAGGAGCAUCGCCAGCACAUCCAGGAGUUCCACCCAAAGGAGUUCCACAAGUGUCCCACCUGUAACAAGGUGUUCACCAGCGCCGCCCUGCUGGACAAACACAAGGGCACACACUCUGGAACCAAGCCCUUCAGCUGUGACCUCUGCAACAAGUCUUACCAGCAACUGUCAGGCCUCUGGUACCACAACAGGACCAACCACCCUGAUGUGUUUGCUAACCACACCCGGCAGCUCAAGACUCUGGUCCAGUGUGACGUCUGCUUCAAGUUCUUUCCCAGCGCUGCCAGUGUAGCCAAACACCAGGCUGCUGAGCACCAAGGCUCAGCGGCACCAGCAGUGCACUGUCCGUACUGCCCGGCUGUGCUGGGUGCGGAGGAGGAGAUGCAGGAGCACAUCAGCAGCCAGCAUGUCGACGCGUCCAGCUGCCCCCUCUGCUCGCUGCUCUGCUCCACCCAGCUGGAGCUGCAGGAGCACCUGCUCUCCUGCCACAUGGAGACACCUGAGGAGCAGGAGGCCUCCUCCUCGCACACAGUGAUUGCAACAGAGCCUACAGGCAAUGAAGGGGCGGAGUCAAUGGUCUGUGAGGAGCAGGCCCAGCUGGCAGCUGGCCAGCAGGUGUUUGUGGCCCUGGCAGGUGGAAGAGAGGGAGUGUCAUCAGCGGAGGUGGUGGAGGUCAACAUGUAUGACCUGCUCAACAGCUCAGUCACCUUCAUCUGUGAGGACAAACAGUCAGAUCCUGGCUCUUAAUCAUGAACUCUGACCCCUGAAGCAUCACUCUGACACUGAGCAGUUGUGUCGUCUCUUCUACAACAUAGGCCAAACUGACAUCAUUCUCAGGCCAAGGACUCUUUGUGAUGAAGCUUCAUGUUUAGUCCACCAAAAUCUUUUCUGUGGUAGUUGUUUUGCAUUUUUAUUUAAAUAUACUGAAUGUGUGUUUGACUUUAGUUUAUAUUCAGAAACCCAGGUUGGUUUAUAAGGGUUGUGCCCAUAGAGCACAGAAAGUCAAACACAAAGGCAGAAAAACAAAGCUGAGCUCAGCCGGCUGCUCGGAUAUCUCUACUAGUUACUACACUAGCCACACAACCAGCCUCUACAGACACAAUGUGGACUUUCUGUUAAAGCUGAGGGUCUGGCCACGAGUAGAGACUGAAGGUUCUUGACCUUAGAAUAAGUUUCAUGGAUGAAAGUUUUACAAUCGUUUUGUUGAGCUUUCAGUCCUUCACUGAUGCUGACUGAGAUGUGAUGGUUUGAAAGUGUGUUCAUUGAAGGAUUUUAUUUUUCUUGUCAACAAAUCCCAUGAAAAGACCAACACCAACAUGUUCGCCUUCCAAUACUUCAACUUCCCUAUUCUGUCUGUGGCUCUCAGCCCUAAGCCCAUUGGAUCCUACUGAAGAAGUACAUCUUUAAAAAGUGCUCACAAGUUUUAUUUUUAAUAAAGGCUUCUCAAACAGGUGGUCGCUUUUUACUUCUAAGCAAACAUUACUCAAGCAGCAGGAGAGUGUGUUUGGGAUUGAUUCACAAUAAAUUUCACUGUGUGUGUUCAUGGUAGUGAAGAAUUGUACACGUUUUAAUAGUUUUUGGAUACCCAUGGAGUUCAUCAGUACAGAGUAAUAACAUAUUUCAUGCUUUAGAUUAACAGAAAAAUACAUUCAUUGUUGGUUUAGGUCUUUUCAUGGGAUUUGUUAAUGGUAAAAUAAAUAUACAAUACUUGCAGCAUCCUUUGACUUUCUGAGGCUGGAACAUAAAGGUAACAUGUUGUGGCUGCAUUGCAUUCUGGGCUCUCUGCUACUGCAGGUGUAGAAACUGGUUUCACUCUUCUACACUAGAUUUCUGUCACACUUUAGCCACGAUGUCAUUUGUUAUUGCAGGUCACAAAUAGAUCACCAGGAUAAAAUGGCUGUUCAAGGGUGGAUUUGUCUCAUUAGAAAUAAACAAACAAUCAAACUCAAA